UCCAUCCCCAGCCAUGGCACAUGGAGUUUGGGGAGCAGCCGCUAGAUGCGGUGUCCCCCAGCACCAGCAGCAGAGACCACUUCACGGACCCGGUGCCGUCGUGCUGCUCACGGGACGCGUCUCUCCCGACAAGCCUGAGCGCUGAGCUCUACUCUGCUGUAAGUAACAACGGAUCACAACGCAUCCCCUUGGGCUGCUUACCCUUGGAUCGAUCCUGAGUUCCAUCUUUUAGUUUAAUCACGACAUUUCGGUUCUCGGCGCUUCAAAUCGAGCGCGGGAUCGAUCAGCAGGCAAAGGGUUUCUGAAGAAUCCUGAUGGAGUGCCGCCCCGAAGGCGUUCGACAGAAUGCCCCAACCAAAACGGGUGGGUAUCUGUCUGUGUCUGAUCUACCUGUCUGCCAGGAAAUCGCCGCGACGCGAAAGAGCCUGCUGCCCACCGACAACGACACUGUAAUGGACUGACCAAUACACUCGUCCACCGGUAAUGUAGUGGCAAUGCACCAGUGUUCCCUUCAACAUUUUCUUCCUCUUGAUUGUUUUCAAAGCUUUCCUUGUUCCAGUUGUUUGUGGACUUGCUAUAAACAACAACAACAACUGGGUCACGAUGCUUGCUAAAUUAGUAGAUACUCGAGGCCACAUCAGCUGGAAAACGACGGUACGUACGGUCGUAAAUAGCAACCGAGGACAAGAGCUAGAUGUAAACUAUUGAUCGUUUUGGUGGCGAAUCUUCUUGCAAAAGUAUAAAAGUCUAAAUCAGUAUGUGCCCCCAUCAUCGACCACAGCCUCAGUCUUUUACUGGUUUUCGCCUGAAGUGGUAUGUAUAUUCCUGGAUACUCAAUGGAAGACCAGCAUUUCAACAUUCAUCCCACCGGCACAUGCUCGGUAAUCUACUGGCAAUGCACUGGUGUUUCCUUCAGUAUUUAUUCCUCUCCAUUGGGUUCAUCAUAUUAUUUGUUUCAGUUGUUUGUGGACUUAAUCUUUUAUUAGUUUGCACCUAAAGUGGUAUAUUCUAUGAUACUCAAGGCCACAUCAGCUUGAAAACGACGCCAAAUAAAUAGCAACCAAGACAACAGCAAGAGACGCUAGAUACAUGUAAACUAUUGACCGUUUUGAUGGUGAAUCUUCUUGGAAAGAUAAAUGAUUCCAUCUUUUCUGGUCUUGAAUGGGACAAGGGCGAUGCUUGUGUGCUACCGCUAAACAAUACUAGUAUAUUAUUCAAGCUUCCUGUAUGGUUACUUUAGAAAUAUGACCAAAGAUACAAUCGUUCUGCGGUCCUCGCAGCAUAUUCAUUACCCAACAACUCCAUUACUCAAGCAAAGGUUUGUAUAGCCAGCUCCAUCUUGGAAACCAUGUUAGAGGGUGUAAUCUGGUUGCUAAUCCUGAAGCUCGGGGAUGCCCUGGCAAAUGAGGCAGCUGUUCUAGGGAAGUCGUUUCUCGUCGAAGCAUCCGCUCUGCAAGGCCUGUUUGGCGAGAUACGGAAAAUGAAGGAGGAGCUGGAGAGCAUGCAGGCCUUCUUCCGAACCGUCGAGCGGUUCAAGGAUGCCGACGAGACAACGGUUGCAUUCGUGAAGCAGAUCAGGGGCCUUGCCUUUAACAUCGAGGAUGUUAUUGACGAGUUCACCUUCAAGCUGGGGGAAGACCGUGAGGGGAUGUUUCUGUUGAAAGCAAUUAGGAGGGUCAGGCAGAUCAAGACAUGGUACCGGCUAGCCAACAAUCUGCGUGACAUCAAAGCAAAUCUCAAGAGUGCUGCUGAGAGAAGGCGCAGGUAUGACCUCAAGGGUGUUGAGAGGGACGCAAAGCUGACAAGAACAGGCAGCUCAAACAGAAGGCCUGCAGAGUCUGUACAUUUUAAAAGGGCAGAUGAUCUUGUCGGGAUCGCGGAGAAUAGAGACUUGCUGAAGAAAUGGAUGAAAGAUGAGGAGCAGCGACACAUGAUCAUCACUGUCUGGGGCAUGGGAGGCGUUGGUAAGACAACACUUGUUGCGCAUGUCUACAACGCCAUCAAGACUGACUUUGACACCUGUGCUUGGAUCACCGUGUCUCAUAGCUAUGAAGCAAAUGAUCUGCUAAGACAGAUUGUUGAAGAGUUCCGGAAGAAUGACAGGAAGAAGGAAUUUCCAAAUGAUGUUGAUGUUACAGAUUACAGAAGCCUGGUGGAGACAAUCCGCCGUUACCUAGAGAAGAAAAGGUAUGUUCUUGUCCUAGAUGAUGUUUGGAGUGUGAAUGUUUGGUUUGACAGCAAAGAUGCUUUUUUUGGUGGCAAACUUGGUCGGAUAAUUUUCACAUCAAGGAUAUAUGAGGUCGCACUGCUUGCUUCUGAAGCCCAGAUGAUUAACCUGCAACCCUUGCAAAACCACUAUGCAUGGGAUCUGUUUUGUAAAGAGGCGUUUUGGAAGAAUGAAAACAGAGACUGCCCACCAGAACUGCAGUAUUGGGCAAACAAGUUUGUGGAGAAAUGCAAUGGCUUGCCGAUCGCUAUCGUGUGCAUCGGGCGCCUCCUGUCGUUCAAGAGCGCGACCUUCCUGGAGUGGGAGAACGUAUACAGAACUCUUGAGCUGCAGUUUACAAACAACUGCAUCCUGGAUAUGAACAUAAUCUUGAAGGUUAGCUUGGAAGACUUGCCACACAACAUGAAGAACUGCUUUCUCUACUGCUGCAUGUUCCCAGAGAACCAUGUGAUGCAAAGGAAGUGGCUGGUACGGCUUUGGGUCGCAGAAGGAUUUAUCGAGGAGAGUGAGCAUAAGACACUGGAGGAGGUUGCAGAGGAUUACCUGACAGAACUCAUCAAUCGGUGUCUGCUGGUUGAGGUUAAGAGGAAUGAAUCAGGAUACGUCGAUGAUUUCCAGAUGCAUGACAUCCUUCGUGUGUUGGCCCUCUCCAAGGCACGCGAAGAGAAUUUCUGCAUCGUCCUCGAUUACUCAAGGACCAAUCUUAUUGGGAAAGCACGCCGUUUAUCGAUCCAAAGAGGGGAUAUCGCACACCUUGCAGAGUCCGUGCCGCACCUCCGCUCCUUGCUUGUCUUCCAGAAUUCACUGACUUUCGGCUCGCUCCGUUCAUUCUCAAGGUCUGUUCAGUUGAUGUCUGUCUUGAAUCUGCAAGAUAGUUCCAUUGAGAGUCUGCCAAAUGAGGUGUUUGACUUGUUCAACCUGCGUUAUCUCGGCCUUAGGCGAACUAAAAUUUCAAACAUCUCACGGCUGAUCGGAAGGCUACAGAAUCUGCUUGUGUUAGAUGCAUGGAAAAGCAAAAUCACCAACCUUCCAGUGGAAAUCACAAGGCUCUCUAAGUUGACGCAUCUUAUCGUCACCGUGAAGCCGCAGAUACCGGCUAUGCAGUUUGUUCCUUCUAUUGGCGUGCCAGCACCUGCUGGCAUGUGGUCUUUGGCAAGCCUGCAGACGUUACUGCUGGUGGAAUCCAGCUCAGAAAUGGUGCAUUACCUUGGUGCUCUGGUUCUGCUGAGAUCAUUCCGCAUCAGUAGGGUUCAGGGCUGCCAUUGUGAAAAGCUCUUCAAAGCUAUCACCAAUAUGGUCCAUCUAACCCGGCUAGGGAUCCAUGCGGAUGACGAGCAGGAAGUCUUGCAGCUCGACGCACUCAACCCACCUCCGUUACUCCAGAAGCUUUUCUUGCUAGGGACGCUAGAGAAAGAAUCGCUGCCUCGGUUCUUCUUGUCCAUCAGUAAACUGAAAAGCCUCACCAUUCUGCGGCUCGUCUGGUCGAAGCUCGAGGAGGACAUGUUCUGCUACCUCGAGGAGCUGCAGCAGCUGGUGAAGCUCCAGCUUUAUGAUGCGUUUGAUGGCAGCCGGAUGCACUUCCGUGCAACGUCGUUUCAGAAGCUUCGUGUGCUCAAGAUCUGGGGAGCUCCACAUCUCAGCCGGAUGAUGAUCAGGAGAGGGGCGAUGCCCAGCUUGGUCGAUCUGAAGCUCCUGCUCUGCCCGGAGCUGAAGUCGUUGCCGUGCGGGAUUGAGCAUGUGGCUAGCCUUGAAGAGCUAACCUUGGAUUCUACGGCGGAAGAGCUUGUCGACAGGGUUCGCCGCAAGAAAGAGGACAACAUAUCUCAUGUUCAGAGGGUUUACGUUGGUUUCGUCAGGAACCGCGAGCUGGCUGCAGAGAGGAUUCAGUAGUAGAUGCAGCUCCCUCUUCUCUACUGCUAUUUGUUUCAUCUCUACUGUAAUUUCAUCUAUACUACUACUUAUAAGUCAUCUGAUGUAACUUGGAACCUUCUGUUUUUAUUCACACGGUGCAAAGCCUUAUUUUAUUUUUGUGCAUUUUAAA